AUGAAUAGAGCUAAUAAUUUUCGACAAAAGCAAUACAAAAAGCAAAAUAUUAAAUCUAAUGUGCAAAUUGAAAGUAAUGAUCAAGAAUUUGAAGUACAAAGACUUUCUACUUAUUAUAAUAAAGAAAAUACAAAUUCAGUAUAUGCAUCUGAUAUAAAAUCUGAUGAUAGUAAUCAUGAAGCAAAUACUUCAAAUUUAGAAUAUUUUACUGCUGAAUUAUAUAAAAAUUAUGACCAUAGUAGUAAUGAUGAGGAAAUAGCUAAAACUAAUGAUGAAGAAAAGGUUGAAACUAAUGAUGAAGAAGAGGCUGAAACUAAUGAUGAGGAAGAGACUAAAAAUAAUAAUAAUAAAAAGGCUAAAAAUCAUAAAAACAUUUCGCAACAAACUUUUAAAG